GGCCGCACCCGCCGGGCUCGGGGAGCCCGCGUUCUUUGUGGGAGAUCUGGGGGGCGCGCCCUCCCGGCACCGGGGCUUCCCGGGGGCCCUGCCCGCAGCCUCGCCCCGCAUCCCCGGCGCCGCCGCAGCCGCUGCGGGACCCGGGAGAGCGGGCGGCGGUGCGCGCCCGGGGCCGGCUCACGGGGGCCGUGCGCCCCAGCCGAGGGCCCGGGCCCGGCUCGGGGACAGGUGUGCGGGGCCGGCGGCCUCCUCCUGCGCGGGACCCGGAGGACCCGUCAUCAGCAUGCUGCACCCACCCCACGCCCAGGCGCGCUGACCAUGAGCCUCAACUCCUCUCUGGGCCACUGGAAGGAGCUGAGCAACCGCACGGGGGCGGCCGCCGGUGAAGGGGGCGCCGUGGUCGCCGAGUUCAUCGCCAUCGUGGUCAUCACCAUCUUUGUCUGCCUGGGCAACCUGGUCAUCGUGGUCACCUUGUACAAGAGGUCCUACCUGCUCACCCUCAGCAACAAGUUCGUCUUCAGCCUGACGCUCUCCAACUUCCUGCUGUCGGUGCUGGUGCUGCCCUUCGUGGUGACCAGCUCCAUCCGGCGGGAAUGGAUCUUCGGGGUGGUCUGGUGCAACUUCUCCGCCCUCCUGUACCUGCUCAUCAGCUCGGCCAGCAUGCUCACCCUCGGCGUCAUCGCCAUCGACCGCUACUACGCCGUCCUGUACCCCAUGGUGUACCCCAUGAAGAUCACGGGGAACCGCGCCGUGCUGGCUCUCGUCUACAUCUGGCUCCACUCCCUGGUGGGCUGCCUGCCCCCGCUCUUCGGCUGGUCCUCCGUGGAGUUUGACGAGUUCAAGUGGAUGUGCGUGGCCGCAUGGCACCGGGAGCCGGGCUACACGGCCUUCUGGCAGAUCUGGUGCGCCCUGUUCCCCUUCCUGGUCAUGCUGGUGUGCUACGGCUUCAUCUUCCGCGUGGCCCGGGUCAAGGCCCGCAAGGUGCACUGCGGGGCGGUGGUGCUGGGGCAGGAGGACGCCCGGGCGACCGGCCGCAAGAACUCCAGCACCUCCACGUCCUCCUCGGGCAGCCGCCGGAACGCCCUCCAGGGCGCCGUCUACUCCGCCAACCAGUGCAAGGCGCUGGUCACCAUCCUGGUGGUGCUCGGCGCCUUCCUGCUCACCUGGGGCCCCUACAUGGCGGUCAUCGCCUGCGAGGCGCUCUGGGGCGCGAGCUGCGUGCCCCCGCGGCUGGAGACCUGGGCCACCUGGCUGAGCUUCGGCAGCGCCGUGUGCCACCCGCUCAUCUACGGGCUCUGGAACAAGACGGUGCGCCGCGAGCUGCUGGGCAUGUGCUUCGGGGACCGGUACUGCCGGGAGCCCUUCGCGCAGCGGCAGCGGACCGCCCGGCUCUUCAGCAUCUCCAACAGGAUCACAGACCUGGGCCUGUCCCCACACCUCACGGCGCUCAUGGCCGGCGGACAGCCCCUGGGGCACAGCAGCAGCACGGGGGACACGGGCUUCAGCUGCUCCCAGGACUCAGGGACGGACGUGAUGCUGCUGGAAGACUACCCGUCUGAGGACCAGCCUCCCUCCCACUCCGCGUUCCCACCCAAGAGGAGGAGCUCCGUGACCUUCGAGGACGAAGUGGAGCAGAUGAAAGAAGCUGCCAGGAACCCCAUCCUCCACGUGAAAGCCGACGUGCACAAAUCUUUGGACAGCUACGCGGACAGCCUGGCCAAAGCCAUCGAGGCAGAAGCCAAAAUCAACCUGUUUGGGAAGGAGGCAUUGCCCGGGGUCCUGAUGGCGGCGCGGACCAUCCCGGGGGCGGGCUUUGGGGCCGGCGGAGGCGGCCGAGCCCUCGGGAGCCAGAGGCUCCAGCUGCAGAGCAUCGAGGAGGCGAGCGUGCCAGCUGCGGAGCAGAAGUGAGGGCCUCGGGCUGGCCCGGGCCCCGGACGGUGCCCACAGCCCCAGGAAGCGGGGUAGGAACAGCCUCGGGGGUGCAGCCACCAGAAAACAACACCGAGAACUGCGUCCACGCCAGGAGCUCUGUGUCUGUGCCAGCCCACCCGCGGGCUCCUAGAUGCCCGUGCUGGGACAGAGGCAUCAAAAGCACAAAGAAAAGCAGACGGAGGUGUGGCUGUGGCUUUCUGGGAAGGGGACACAGGUGGGGCCCAGAGACCAGGCUGGGGCACCACCGGGUGGGUCAUGUUCUUUGUUCACAUCUUCUGCUCACUGUCCCCUGGGGGCUCAGGAGGGGGCUCUCCCAGUGCAUGGGGUGAGGCACCCCGGCUUCUGCAGGGGGGAGCAGGCCGUGUGGGGUCCCCAGAGGAGAGCCUGGGAGCAGGGCCCCACACAGUGCCCAGGCCGCAGUGCUGGUUACGACCUGGCCUCGGUGGAGCCACCUGCUGGGCUCACGGGGCAGCCCCGGGCCCCCUCCCUCCUCGCUGAUCCUUUGCUAUUUCGAAAGAAGGGAGGGAGAAACCGCUGUGACAGACAGGCGGAUGCUUCAUUUCCAAGAAUUAAAAAAACUGUUUGGCUAGGGUCAUGGUCGGCAAACUGCUGCUCUCGAGCCACAUUGCGGCUCUUUGGCCCUUUGAGUGUGGCUCUUUCCAC